UAUCGUUAGUAGUCAGGGGACGUUCCCCUCAACCCCAACCAACAUAGGAACGAGUGACCUACCGUAAGCCAUAUGGGCAGGGCUUGAACUUGUUAGUAUAGUAAAAUUAAGACCAGAAGUAAAUAACUUUCUGCGUUGAUCAAUAGGGCACAGCCUACAACGUCUUAGCGACGACUUCGAGUGCCGGUUACUGGACGCGACGGUUCUAAGAAAUGCCAUGGUCACUAAGUAGUAAAUAAUCUACACACAAUAACGAGUUAUUUCUGAAAACCGGAGGCACCUGGUUUAGACGCUCAUGUCCAGGAGAGCCGCGAGGCACUGCCGGCGCGAUGAGCGAGAAGGAUGAGCCAGUACUAGGUACUGAUCAAUACAAAGGAUGGGGCCAAGUGGACCCAUAUGCCAACGGUGCUAAGGCCGAGGAGGGGACGCUCAAUCCCGUCGGGAACAGUUACAUCGACCAUGACCCGUUUGCUCAGUAUACACUGGCACCAGCCUUCAGCGAAGGCCCACUGACCUUUUUGAACGGCAAUCUACGGAUUCCCGUUUCGAGCUCGGGGUCAGAGGAGCCAAUGGGCCUCAUUGAGGAACUCAGCGGUGCAAGCAGCGGCAAUUCCUUCAACAGUGCAGACAUCUUGCCCUGGGCCCCACCUGAUGUGCCAGCGGGUGACGGUGGCGUGGAGGACGCGGCAGCGCCUGUCCAGCAGCCGACACCAUCCAAGCCAUGGAAGACGCAACGUCGUAUCCACGAUGCUCCAUCCUACCCAGAGCUGCUAGCGCUCGCACCAGACGAGAAGGCUUUUGACGAAGCAGACCCCUUUGCGGACGCGAGCCUACUUCAGCAACCUUCCAGCGCUGUGCAGGAUGAGCAGGAGGCGGAGCCGGUUGCAGUGUAUGGCUUUGUCGAGGGCUUGCCUCGCAAUGCAUCCAGUUCUUCCCUGGGAUCGGAUCCCUUUGAACACUACAAGCUGAUCGUCCAACCUCGGACCUUGGUGGAACCGGCCCCCAUGCCGGCGGCCGAGCCGCUGACGCCGCCGCUGACGCCGCCAACGGCACCGCCAGCAGCAGCAGCUCCACCAUCGCCACCAUCACAGGCGCCGACGGCUCUCGUUGAGCCCCUCAGCACUGCGGGUGCGACGGAGGCAGCGCUCACCGCCCUGGAUGCAGCGGAGGCGCCAGCAGCAGCAGCAGCAGCCGCAGGGAUGGAGGCGGUGCUGCAGCCGGUGGUGGUGGCGGUGAGGACGGCGGAGGUGGAGGCGCCGCUUGCAGGGGCAGCGGCGACGCCAGGGGUUGUCAAUGCGCAGGAGGCGAAUGCGCAGACGCCACCGGCGGCGGCGGAGGUGGAUGCGGCGGAAGUGGAGGUGGCGCCCGAGGUAGUUGCAGCGGAGGUAAGGACUGGAGCGGAGGCGGCGCCAAACACGUUGCUGGCGGGUGCGGAUGUGCCGCCGGCGGAGGCGGAGGCGGAGGCAACCCCGCUGGCUGCGGAGGCUGGUCCGGCACCGGCGGAGGAGACAGAUCCGCCGCCGACGGAGGCUGGCGGGUUACCGGCGGUGGGAGCUGCACCCAUACAGCAAGCAGCUGGGGUGACACCCACGGAGGCGGUUGUCCCGCCGGCGGAGGCGGAGGCAGCCAAUGCAACGGCGCUGGCCGUGGCGCAGUCGGCGGCGGCGCCUGUAGAGGCGAAAGCGUCGUCGUCUGGGCCGGCGGAUGCCGUGCCCUUGGUGGCAGACCCCGAGCUUGCGAAGGCUGGUUCGCCGUCGGCGGAGGCGAACGUGCCGCCGAUGGGGCUGCCUCCGGUGCCUCCGGUGCAGGUAGACGCUGCGCCGGCGGAGGCGGAUGCAGCGCCGGCGGGGGGAAGCGUGCUGCCGGCGGAGGCUGCAGCGGCGCCCGCUGAGGCCGGCUCGCUGCCGGUUGGGGCGGACGUGGCUGCGACAAGGGCGGAAGCCGCACAGGACGAAGCCAACGUGGCGCCUGCGGAGUCGGAUGCGGCGCCAGCGGAGGUUGGGGAUGCGCCAGCGACGGUGCCCGAUGUGGAUUCGGCCAAAGCAGCGCCAGCAGAGGCGGAUGCUGUGGCGGAGGCGGCCCCGGCGGAGGCGAAUGCUGCUCCAGCGGAGGCGGAUGCUGCUCCAGCGGAGGCGGAUGCUGCCCUGAAUGCGGAUGUGGACAAGGCGCAGGCGGAGGCCGACGCGGUGCAGACGGCAGCGGGGGCAGCACCAGCGGAGGCGGAUGAGGCGGAGGCGGCACAGCCGGUGUUGGAGGCGGCGCCGGUAGCGGCGGAGGCGGAUGCGCUGCCGACGGAGGCAAUCUCGCCGCAGGCGGAGGCUGGACUCGUGGCGUUGGAAGCUGACGCUGCGCAUGAUGAGGCGCUUGCUCCGCUAGCGGAGCUUGCUGCACCAAUCCCGGCGGCUGACGCGUUGCCAUCACAGGCUUCAGUCCCGUCUGUCGUCCCGGACAGCCAACAGCCCUCGCCAAUACAGGAGCAGGCAGCGGAAGCUGAGCAGCCGCCGCCGGCCAUCACAGACUUGCCGGCGUCGGCUGAAGCGUCGAUGGCGCCGCCACUACAAGUCCCGGCGGAGGCGGUGUCAUCGCCUGACCCUGGAGCGUCGCCGUCGACGUCGUCAGGAGCUGAGGAGGCGCCGCUGCCGGCGGGAGUUGUGAGCAUGGCUGUGGGGUCCAACGCCGCGGGGCCGCCGUUGGCGGAGCAGCUGCCUGCUGACGAGGACAACCUGACCGCACAGCCGCAGCCGCCGGCGGCAGAUGCAGCGCCGGCAGGCGUGGCGGCGGACGUGACGAUGCCAGUGGAUGCGCAUCAGGAGUCGGAUUCGCCUGCAACUGUGCCGCAAGGUGAAACGCUGGAAGAAGCAGCGCUGGAGGUGCCGCCGGCCUUGGAAGGAGCGGCAGCACAGCUGCUGCAUGCAGAUGCGCACGGGGCUGCGGCAACGGAGGAGGCGGCUGCUGGUGGUGGGGAUGUUCAUCCUGAGGAAAGGGUCUUGGCGGCGCCGGCCGGGACGGGGCCGGCGCCGUCGGAGGUGGCAGCAGAGGCAGCAUCCACGGCAGGUGGGACGCGUGCACAGCCCGAGUCGUCUGCAUUGGAGGCAGAACCCGCCGAGCUGGCGGAGGCCCAUGCGCCAACGCUGCCGCUGCCGCCAGCGCCGGCGCCGUCAGCCGAAGAGCUAGCGGAGCCGACGCUGUCAGCUGAGUCGCUGCCGCCUCCGGCGGGAUCGGAAGCGCUUCCCGGGGUUGCCCAGGACGCGCCUGCAGGGGAGGUGGUUGCGCUGGUAACCUUGGCGGAGGAAGCUGCGUCAGCUGGCGCCGUUGCGGCGGUGGGGGUUGCGGCGGAAGCUGCUGCUGCGACGUCAGAGGAGGCAGCCGACGGGGUGCAGGAGGCAGCGGACGGGGUGCAGGAGGCAGCGCUGCAGGGGGGCGAGGAGCUUGGACACGCUAUGCCUGCUGCUGCGGCUGUUGUCAUCACGGGAGCCGAUACAGCGCGGCCAGCGUCCGGGGUGGUUGGCGGCGUACAGCCGGAGGAGGCGGCGGCAAAGGAAGAGACCUCGCCGCCGCCGCAGCCGCAGCCGCUGGAGAACACGGUGGCACGGGAGGGUACGGAACUGAUGGCGGUGCCAGCGGCGGCGGCGAUCGCGGAGGUGACGGGGCUUGCUGUCAAGGCCGAGGCGGAUACCGUCGAUGUGGCGGCGGCAGCAGCGGCCUGCCUGGAUGCCCAACCGGCAGAUCCAGUGGCCCUGCGAGGAGUGGUGGCGGAGCCGCCAGCGGAGGAGGCGUCUGCAGCACAGCCGGCUGAGGCGCCGCCGCCGUCACAACAGGAAGUGGUAGCGGAGGCGUUGGCGUCGGCGGCGGAGGCAUUGCCGCCGGCGGAAGCCUCGUCGACGGCAACGGAAGCAGCAUUGCCGCCGGCCGAGCCGGUGCCGUGUCUGUUGCCGGCGCCGCAAUCUGAGGCGUCUUUGACAGUGGACGUGGCAUCACCACCGUCAGCGGAGGCGGCAUCACCGUCGGACGGGGCGCCGCCGUCGCCAGUGCCAGCGGAGGCGUCGCUUCCGCCAGCGCAAGCCUCACCGGUGCCCUCGGAGCUGCAACCGCCCCUGGAGGAGCCCCCGCCAGCUGAGGAGGUGUUGUUGGUCCUAUCAGAGGCACCGCUAACACACCCACCACCGCUGCCAGCGGCUAGGGUACCCACGCGGGAUGAAGUGGAGCUGCAAGAAGAGCCAACAACAGUGCCGGCUACGGCUGAGAGCUCCGCUGCUGCUGCUGCUGCUGCUGCUGCGGAAGCGGAGGCGGCAGCAGCAGAGGACGGUUCAGGGCCGGCGGACACUGCGACAGCUCCUCCUGUUUCAGAGUUACAGGUAACGUCCGCAGCACCAGGUGCAGCGCAACCCGGUGCGGCCUCAAAUGCCGCUUUGGAGGAGGAGGCGGAUACCGAGCAGCAGCAAGCAGUGCUGGUGGAGGCAGAGGGCCGGGUUCCUGCGGGGGCGGACGUGGGGUGUGCGGACGCCGUACCGCCAGCGCCGCAGCUGGCAGAAGCGGAGCGUACGGCGGAGUUCCAGCCGUCCGGAAUGGAGCAGCGCCUAGAAACGGAUGAGCACAUCGCUUACCAGCAGCCGACGGACGCCGUUGAGGGCUCGGCUUUGGGUGUUGGAGGAGUUCGGCAGGAAGCAGAUGGCAGGACGACGGCAGUUGACGUUUCCGUAGCGGGCCCUGCUGUGAGUGUUGAUGAGGCUGCAGCUACUCCGGCAGCAGCAGCAGCAGCGGCAGCCGGCGCAGCAGACGUAGAUAGCACCGCUGCUGGAGCUGAAGCAAGUGACGCGCCAGCAGUAGCAGCAGCACUGAUAGCGGGUGAGGACGCCGGGGUGGAGGGGGUUGGGCAGGAAGCGGGAAGCAGCAGCACGUCCGGUGAAGCUUGCAGUUGGGAGGCGGAAACGGCAGCGGCAGCGGUCAACGAGGUUGUGGUUGUAGAUUCAGCGGAGGCGUUGGAGGAGAAGCCUGCGGCUGCGGCCGAGAUGAAGGGGGUUGUAGCUGAGGUACCGGCGAGCAUGGCGUCAGAGGCAGCGGCUAACAUGCAUGCAUUGACAUGCGGGGCUGCUGGAGCGGACGCGGACGCAGGGGGAGCCGGCGCCCAGAAGACUGCCGGGGAGCAGCUUGCAGCUGUCGUCGCCGGCACGGUGGGGGAGGCAGCGUCUUCUGGAGAGCUGCAUGAACUGCAGCAGAUGGAAGCGGUUGACAACGCGGCGAGCGGAGCCGCAGGAGGUCACGGAGCAGACGCUGCGGUUGCUGCAAAGCAGGAGGGUGCUGCGGGGGCAGCGCUGGAAGACAGGGUGCAGGGAGCAGCGAGCCGUGACGUGUCGGACGUGUUGGGUGAUGCCGCAAGUCGUGACGUGUCGGACGUGUUGGGCGAUGCGACGGCGGACUGGGAGGACGUCGCGGUGGCAAGCGGUGCUGAUGGGGACGGGAGCGGUGGCGCUGCUGCUGCUGCUGCUGCUGCCGGUUCAAAGGUGGCAGCUGCAACGGAUGUGGAUAAGGGUGCGGGGCCGGAUGUGGGGGCGGGUGCAGGAAUUGAGAAGGCAUGUGGGGUUGAUGCGGUUACGGCAGUCGCCGCUGCAUGCGCGGCAGCUAGCCGCUCGGAGGACGUUGGGGGUGGAGCAGAACAAGUUGAACAGACAGCAGCAGUAGCGGCAGCAGCAGCAGCAGCGGAAGGCAGGGUCCUCCAGGACAACGAAGCGCUGCAAGCGGGAGGAGUGCCCGUGGAGGCGGUACUGGGGUCUGCUACCGUUACUUCUGCAGCGACCACGGCCGCAACACCUUCUGCAGCUACCACGGCCGCAACAGAAGCAGCGCUGGAGGUGGCGGUGCCGGUGGCGGAUGCAGGCGGAGGCACGGAUGUGGCCGCUACGGCGGACGUUUCGGGGGUCCAGGUACGGCAGGAGGCGGCGGCGGCAGCAGCAGACGUAACCGAAUCGGCAGCAACAGCAGCGGAAGUAGACGCAGAGCUGUUGCCUGCUGUGCCUCCGGAGGUGCUUCCGCCUGUGGAAGGAGGUGGAGGACGUCUUUCCUCAUCUGCCGCUGAAGACGCACGGGGCACCUCGGAUGCGGAACAGCACCCUUUACAGCAGAUGUUCUUCCCCCAGCAGCAGCAGCAUCAGGAGCAGCAGCAGCAGCCUUCCCAACAGGAGCAGCAGCAGCCGCUGCUGGUGGCGGGCACGGGUCGUGCCGCCGUCAAGGCAAUGCGACGGCGACCUUCUAGCGCUCAAUCCAGUGCAGGAUCAACGACGUCGACUUCAGCACCGUCGCCGCCGUUGUUAAAACAGCGACAACAGCAGCAGCUGCAGCAGGUUGGGGAAUGUACGGCAAGAGCGGCCUCGACGACGUCAGGCGGCGGCAGCUGCCUUACUGCCAUGCAGUCAGAGCAUAGUUGCAACAGUAAUGGUAGCAGCCGCAGCCGAGCUGUCGCUCGCAGCGUUGGCACGCAUGCUACUGCAGCGCCGUCGCCGCCGGCGGCGCGGCCGGUUGGGACCCGGGCUGCGGCCAAGUCAGGAAACAGCAAGCCCGUGUCGACGCAUGCGGGCCCAAGCUCCCGGCAUGCCCCUUCGACGGCGGCAUCGGUUGAGACGAGGAGUGGUGGCGGCGGUAGCCAUGCUGCCCCGGCUACUGUUGUUGCUACUGUCGCUGCAGAAGCACCCGCGUCGUCGCCUUCAGCGCCGGCGGCGGGACCGCGUGACGCGUCGCGGUCCUUGCUGCAUGCGACGUCGUCGUCGUCCGGUCGGAAAGCACCAUCUGGGUCGCAGGAACGGCAGCAACCGGGGAGACAGCAGCAGCAGCAGCAGCUGCUGCAGCUGCUGCUGCCGCAGCCCGCGGAGCCCCGAAUACAUCCUGCUGCGCCACCACCGAGCCUGCCGCCACAGCAGCAGCAGCAGCGGCAGCAGCAGCAAGCGGCGAGCGCAGCAGCAGCAGCGGCGGCGGCGGCGGUUGUUGCGACGCCGGCAGGACCCCUCAAGUGUUCCAAGUCAUCGAAGCCGCCUGUGGCAGUAGCCGGCAGUAGCAGCAGCAGCAGCACCCACAGCAUUCACAGCACGCAACACACCCUCCCGCGGGUGACCCAACUCGCGCCUCAGCAUCCACAUCCGCAUCCCAUUCCGCAGCCCCAGUCACGGCCACACUCGCAGCCACAUUCGCCUAGGAUAUGGCCGCCGCCAGAGACGAUGACUCAUGCGCAGUUAGAGGACGCACCACCACCGCCCACGCGACCCGUGGCUUCAGCGCCGGAGCUCACUCGUCGCCCCGCGGCUGCCGCCGACAGUAUCGCCAACGCUGCCUCCUUUGAGCCACUCGCUUUUCCAUUGGAAAUGCUCGAAAGCAGCAGUACCACCCACUGCAGCCCUUCUUUGCCGCGCGCAUCCAUGCGACACUCCGCGCAUGCGGACAUGCGGCUGGGAAGUACGGAGCACCAUGGAACUUACGCGGGCGCCGUGCAGCCUGGAACCAACGCCGGCACAAACGGAACGGGCGGAACGACACGUCUGUCGGCAAUGACCAGUGAACGAACGAUUAGCACGGUUUCGGUGCCGGGUCAACGCUCAUUGAGCUCAUUCGCCUGCAGCAGCGGCGGCGCACGGCAUUCGAACGGCUUGCCGAUGCGGAAACGACCCGUGGGUCAGUUGCCGGGCAUGCCGUUGCUUAACGACCUUGCCAGUCGUUAUCCUGUACGGCAGGCGCCUACUAACGGUCCUGAGGUUGCGUUGGUUGGGGGGCAGUUGUACGUUAGUGAACGGCUGCAAGCAGCGAUAGGGCAGCAUGACAGUUAUGGUAGCGGCAGCAGCGCCUGCAGCAGUGUCAAGAGGAGGUACGGCAGCAGCAGAGGUCAGCUUCAAAGCAUUGAUGAGGGCCUGAUCCAACCAACAGGUUACGAAGGCUUCGCAGCGGCUCAUCAUGACGAUGCUGCUAUUGUGGCUGCGGCCGCGGCUUUCGGAAGCAACACCGGGGCUAGGCAAGGCAUGCGCCGUAUGACCGCUGCUGCCGCUGCCGCUGCCUUGGAUUCGCGGAUGCGCUACAUGCAUCCUAGGAUCUCGCUGCCAGCAACGCGGGGUGAGCUGCAGCAUUCACCCAACGGAGGUUCCACCGGUAGCGGGAGUGGCUUUCAUCGUGGCAACGAUUCACAGCAGCAGCAGCAGCAGCAGCAGCAGCGACAACAACAGCAACCGCACCAAUCGUCUCAGCAGCGCCGGCCGAGUGAUGUAGCCGCAGACCGCUUUGCCGGUAGCGCACCGGUAGCAGCAGCGGCAGCAGCUGAUCAGGGUUCCACACGCGACCCAUGGGUGAUUCGAGCUCGGGGUUUUCAUGCAUGGGGUGCUGAGCCCAUACCUGAGUUAUCUCGGGAGGCUGAGGCGGCUGCAGACAUGCAGGGCAUUUACAGGCGUCGGGGCCCGGGGGGUGUUGAUUUGGGUCAGCAUGGUAUUAAUAGUGGUG